UAAAAAUAAAUGUAAUUGUUUUGAGUCUGAAUGAAAAAAAGGUUGUCAAAAGAAAUGUAUGGUCCAAACUCUCAUGAAUGAGAGUCACACGUGAAGAUAAGGUUAUAAAACCUUUAAAUAAAAAAUCCCAUUUCUCAAUUUAUUCUAUUUCUUCAGCACACUGUGACUGAGAUAUGGCAAAAUCUGGAAAUUUGGCAUCCCAAAGAAGCUUCAUCCCAAUAUUCAAUCCAUGCCACUCUGCUUUCAAGGUCAAAGCCUUCAGGUUUCUCUCUCAGUUUCACACUUACAAUAAUGCUAGUGUUAGUGUAACUAUCACUGCUUCAACCAAAAGAAAGGCCAACUUGCACUCUCCAUUGAUUGCAAAGAACAUGAGUAGGGCUGCCCGCCGUCUGAUCACGAUAUCACCGGCUGAUGGAAAAUAUCACGGGGAUUGGACAUGUGACUAUCUUGUAUCGUUGCGCGACCUACAGUUACAGGAUUUAAUUGAAGUUGAAGAUGAUCCACGCAAGAAUGCACAAGUAUUUAUCAAGCUCUACAUCCAAAAGCAUGCCAGCUUUGGCUUAUCUGUAGAUGCAAGAAUCACAACAUCCUUCAUGACAAAAUGCAGCAACUGUUCUUCCCCAUAUUGCCGACAGAUUGAUGCAAAAUUUAACGUAUGGGUUCUCAGGGCAAAUAGAGAAAAACGUAAGAUGCCGCUACCUGAAAUUGGAGGUGACCCUUAUGUGAUAUAUGUUAGACCAGGAUACGAAAUUGAUCUUGAUUCUAUUGUGAAAGAUGCCAUCCGUCUGAACUCCUCAGUAAAAGAUACGUGCUCAGAGUUGUGCGAGAAAUCUGAGGAUACUAUACUAUAUACAACUGGACAAAGUCAGGCUUCUUUUGAUAAGAGGUGGUCGAGACUAUUGGAACUAAAGAAAGAAACUUUAUGAUUCAUGGUAUUAAGAAGUUGCGUGUACAGAAUAAUAAUCGUCAGGUUGCAUAAUAGAUUGUGUAUAAUAAUGCACUGAUGAACAAUAUUCUCCUUUUUGAAAUGUAUACCAUUACCAAUCAAUACUUGGAUAAUCUAUUUUCCCUUAAAUUUGCACAUGUAUACUUCUGCAGACAGUAGACAAUAUUAAUUUAUCAAA